ACUCGAAAAUGCGAUUGGGUGUGCGUGCGCACACGCAUGUAAAGAUAGGUAAAUAAAAUUAGUCGAAACUAUAGUUGAGGGGAGAACGCGGCUCCCGCGCAAAAAUAAUCCCGGAGUUCGAUCGGUUUACAAAGUGUGUUUAAACAAGAUCCUCCUGGGCCGAAGCGAUCGGAAAAUUGUAAUAAACGUCAGCGUCGUUGAGUACUCGGCCAAGUGUCAUCUGUCAAAUCGGUUUAUGAUCGACACAAAGAUCCUGGUGUUGGGUAGACAUGGCGACGGUGAAGAUCGCGUUCCCGGCUGGCGGGGAGCCAGGUAGGAUCACGAAGUGGAGGGUCGGGAUGAACGCGAUGGUUUCAGCUGGAAGAGUUGUCCUCCAUUACCGCAGCGUAGCCGUCGGCGGGGAACCUUCCAAGGACCCGGAGAAGAAACUUCGCGCCUCUAAAUUCGGACGUGUUAUAAAAGUCCUCGCAAACGAAGGCGACGUUCUUCAACCCGGGCAAGAAGUUUUGUUGCUAGAGGGAUGCAAACAUCCCACAGUCAUGAAAGAUCUUUGCGCCGAAUGCGGCGCUGAUCUUCGAGAGGAAGUUGUCGGGGAUGACGGGCAAAAUGCUGUCACUUCCCAGGCCAGUGUACCGAUGGUGCACUCCGUUCCUGAGCUUAAGGUUUGCCCUGAACUUGCAGAGAAAAUUGGCAGAGAGGAUGAGAAGCGUUUGCUGCAGGAUCGAAAAUUGGCUUUACUCGUUGAUCUGGAUCAAACGAUAGUUCAUACUACCAAUGACAACGUUCCCCCCGACAUGAAGGACGUCUAUCAUUUUCAACUCUACGGACCUCACUCUCCGUGGUACCACACAAAAUUGAGGCCUGGAACAAGAGAAUUUCUGGCCAAAAUGAGCCACCUUUACGAAUUGCACAUUUGUACUUUUGGAGCUCGAAAUUAUGCUCACACUGUUGCUGCCCUACUCGAUAAAGAUGGGAUCCUAUUUUCUCACAGGAUUCUUUCGAGGGAUGAGUGUUUUGACCCAGCUUCUAAAACUGCAAAUCUCAAGGCUCUGUUUCCUUGCGGCGAUUCUAUGGUUUGCAUUAUAGAUGAUAGAGAGGAUGUCUGGCAAGGUUGUGGUAAUUUGGUACAGGUAAAACCGUACCAUUUCUUCCGACACACCGGGGACAUUCACGCUCCACCAGGACUGGCUAAACGGGAUCAAUUUCCGCAACUGAAACCCACUAGUUUGGAGGAGAUGAAUGAACCGGAAGCUGGAAUUAAAAUAACGGAAAAUGGAGCCUUACCGAAUAUUGAUUGCCAAGAUUUUCAAACCUCUGAGGAGAAUCCUAACAAACAGAAACCUGAGGAUGAAACAAAGGAGGAAAAAGACGUGACAGAACCGGAACUUCAAGUGGAAACUGGAGGAUUGAAAUCGAAUGAGAUAAACGAGGAGGAACAGAAGGAACCGACUGUGGAAAGUAAAGCCCCUGAAUGUAUUGAGAAGUUAACAGAACCAGACGAGGUAAAUGAAAAUAAUGCAGACAAAGAUUCGGUGAUUGCUGAUGAACAGGGACCAAAAAAGGAGGAAUUAGAGGCAGGUGAGGCUGAGAAACUGGCAGAACCAGGAGAGGUCAGAAGGAAAGCAGCUGAAGAAGAGAGUUUCAAAGAUUUAGAGAAGAGACAGGAAUUAGAGGACCACGAUGAUUAUCUUCUGUACCUAGAAGACAUAUUGCGCAGAAUUCAUGCCGAAUUUUACAGCAAACAGGAGACUGAAGCAGAAUCCAACAAGAGCCUCAGAGAUAUCAUCCCGCGUGUGCGAGCACGAGUUUUAAAGGGACUGCGACUUACAUUUAGCGGCAUAGUCGCCACUCAUCAAAAGUUACAUCAAAGCCGAGCCUACAAAGUUGCCAGAGCACUUGGCGCAGAGGUAUCUCAGGAUCUGCAGGAGAACACGACACAUUUGGUAGCGAUAAAACCAGGAACCGCAAAGGUUUAUGCAGCCAAGAAAAUGUGGCAAGUGAAAAUAGUGAAUCCCGAUUGGCUGUGGACUUGCGCAGAGCGAUGGGAAUGUGUUGACGAGCGUCUCUAUCCGCUCACCAAGAAGGCUCGUGGGUCCAGGGUACCCCCGCCGCACUGCAGCAGUCCGGACCGAAUUGAUGACCAAGAGACAGAGGGAGGAGAUAGGUUUGCGGACAGUAUAAAUCCCCUCAUGUCAUUCACACUAGAAGAGAUUGCAAAUAUGGACAAAGAGGUGGAGGAAGAUAUGAGUGACCAAGAGCUAGAAGCAUCUGCACCUGUCUCUCAAGUUGAAACAUCCCAAACACAGCGCCGGCGACGUAGAUCAGCAACACCGGAUUCGUUAAAUGAGGAUUUUGAAGAUGAAGCGUUAACUAGUAAGAGAAGAAAAACUGUUAUAUUAGAAGAACCAGAUGAGAACUCUUCUACAGAAGGUAAAAAAGCAAGCGAUGAGGAUGAGGAAGAAGAUGACCCAGACGAUGAAGAUGAUCCUUUGACAAGGUUCAGACGAGGUGAAGGAUCGCUGGACGGAUUUGACUUGGGAGAUGACUCUCAGGAUUCUAUGGAGGUGGCAGCAACUGAGGAUGACGGUGAAUGGAAUGAAAUGGGUGCGGCUUUAGAGAGAGAAUUCUUGUCUGAAUAAGCAAACUCUCAGCAAGUCUUUCUUCAAUUAGAAAUAUGCAUCGACGACGAGAUCUAUUUUCUACACAAUCUGUCUUGAUUAAGAAAACCACUAUACAGAGCACUUUUACAAACAAAAAAGUCAUUUGUACAUUAUAUCACGUUUAUCGUUUACCUGGAUAGAAUACAAACGAUAGCAUGUAAGCCAGAUCAGUCACUAUUCGACCCAGGAAGUGAAAAUUACCAAUAUUGACUUUCUCAUUCUUUGGUAAAGACUGGACUAUUCUACUUUAGAAGCUUUAAAUUAUAAACAUUUGUGAUAUGAAUGUUGAAACUUUGAGAAAUAUCGAAUAAAGUACCAGUUAAGAUUA